AUGACGUUUCCAAACUUCUCUCGGAAGAAGAAAAUGGCGGAUCCGGCAGUGGGUCCGAAAGAUAUCGCUGCUAUCUUCAAGCGUUUAAAAUCUCAGCCAGAAAACAAGGUAAAUAUUUCAUUAGUGAAAAUUUGAUUGUCUUGUCCUCUCGUGUAUGGCUUGAAGUUUCCAAUUUGUUUUCAGACUUGCUUUGAUUGCGGACACAACAAUCCAACGUGGGCAUCAGUAACCUACGGGGUAUUUCUGUGCAUUGACUGUUCGGCUGUUCAUCGAUCCCUUGGUGUUCACUUAACGUUCAUAAGGUAGAGGAAACAAUAUUAAGUUUGUGUUUUAUUGUCCCUUCUCAUUCUAUUGGUCGUUUUGUGCGAAAAAAGCACAUCGAUUCCAUGAUCAUUCGUACUUGGGAUAAAGCUUGAUCGAUCAUAAGUUCCUUAAGCUCAUGUUUUUUUAAAAGUUUACGUGAUCUCUUAAUGGAUGAUAUUUAACUUUGUUUUAUUCCAUUUUUUGAAGAUCAACACAACUGGAUACAAACUGGACAUGGCUACAGCUGAGGGCAAUGCAAGUUGGUGGCAACGCGAAAGCGGUGAGCGCUUAUGAAUUGUUGAGAAAACAAGAUUUUAAAAAUUCUUGUGGAGUUCGUUCACGGAACAAAAUCGGUUGUUAACCAAUUUAGCCUUUAUUUCGACUGGCCUUAAGAUUAGUUAUAAAAGAAUUCUUAGGGGUUAUUCUAUGGAAUCUUUCGUGUCAAGUCAUUUUGUACUCUCGAGAGGACCAUUACGUGAUGCUGAUUUUUGUUAGCGAAAUCUUGAUUUUUUGGUUAAAUCAAGCAUAAUGAUUUAGUUUUCUUAUUAUUGUUCAAGAGUCACUGUUUUGUUUUCUUUUCUUGAAAAACUGACCGUAAAUUCAUUAUUUCAUUCAUGGUAAGCGACAUCUUGAUCGUUAAAUCAGCUGUUCUGUUUUUAUUCCAUUUUGGUAACGAAAUUGGUUCUUUUCUUCAAAUGACCUGUUGACCAGUGAAAAAAAAAAUGUAAUAUUAAUUUAGGUGGAAUCACUUCCACUGAGUUUUCUUUAAAGCUGGGUGAUCAAUAACUUCGUUGCUCUGAUAUCAGACCUGAUAUAACACAGUAUUUUUUGUUUGGUUACCAUAAUCUGCUCAAAGUCUCGACUUUGAUUGGAAAUAGGGGGACCUUUAAAUAAGUUAAGAGGUUUUUGUAUAUUGGAAUGAAUCAAGGGGUUACUUUCAAAUGAUUCUGAUGAGCAAAAAAGUUGACAAAGUAUAAUGUCCAGGGUGAAAACUUUGAAAACUGAUAUCUUAAUUAAGCCACAGCCCCUCACUAUGAUGAAAAUAUUGCUCAAAACAUCCGGUUUGUAAAUCUCUUUACAGCAGAAAAUGUACUUUAUGAGUUGGUAGCACCAAGUUUCAUUUUUCCUUGAGUGUUCCAAAGAAAUCAUGAAAAUUGAAAGUAACCCAAAAGUACUACUGAGGCUCCCUCCACCUGUAUCCAGGUAUUUUUAUAACUGCAACUUCAGGAAUGUCACUAUGAUUUCAAGUUGCUGGGUAAAUACAACAAGUAGGUGGGGAAUAAAACAGCUAGAGUUUUCUUUUGGUUCAAUUUUUCUUCUAUUUUUCUAUAUAUGGUUGUCCAAAGGGCGACCUACUAUUUCGAAUCCUGAAUAUUUCAUUUAAAUUGUGAUACCAUAAGAUUUCAUCCACAUACUCAAAAGUUAGAAGUGCAUGCUAGUAGAUAAAUAGUAUCUUGUGAAAGGUCUGUUGAAAAGGUUCAUUUUACAGAAGUAAUGGCCAUACCAUAGUAUUUAAUGCACAAAAUUUAUAGUUAGAACAACUAUACAACUGCAUAGUAGGCAUUUCAAUAAAAAUUGAAGUAGCCAGCAAGUUUGAAUAGGGUAACCAACUGUGUCAAAAAAGGGCUGCCGGCCCUCUUCUUCUCAGGGGAGUCUAGGGGUGUGCUUGGGGUGUGCUCCGCCAGAAAAUUUUAUAUUCUUUAGAAGCCGUAAAAUGCAAUUUUCAUCAUUCUGGGUACUAAAUUUAGUAAAAGAAAGAUAUACAUUAGCAAGACUUUUAUCAACAGUACUGUAGUAAUUUUCCUUUUGUCAAUGCUGAUCAGUAGUUUAAUUAGAGUUUUGUCUGAAUUGUUCUUUAACACUUCAUUCCCAGCCUCAAUUACGGGGUGGAAAGUAACCAACUUCUCUGAGCAAAGUAGCUGACACGUUUCGUCGGUCGUCGGUGCUUAUUGAAACCCCUGAAUUUAGAAAAGGCUGAUUGCCCAAUUUUCUCCUUGUUACAUUUAUGUGUGAAAAUCAAAAAGUUGUGGAAAUAGUAUAGGCUCUUACAGUGACCUGUUGUUGUCCUAUUUCCUUACUUUGUCUUUCUUCCCUUUUUGAAUGUACAUGUAGUGUUAAACUGGCCUGAAAAUUUUUAUAGUGAAUUAAACAGAGUCCAUUAUAAGUAUUUCCGUGUGUUUUUAUUUUUCUUAGAAUGCCUUCUUUAGGCAGCAUAACCUUUCAACUGAGGACUCCUCCGCCAAAUACAGAAGGUAAGUGAUGCAGUUAGAAUUAUCAUUUUUAUUGUUUGGUUUUACAGAAUGACGAUAGGAACCAAAGCACAUUACGGAUAUCAGCAUGGUCUUCAGAGGCUGUUCAUAAACUGGACGAAUUUUUUUUAAAAAAGUGAAGUAAACAUAACGUCAAACAAACAUUUAUUUGUGUACCAAGAGUUAGUUUCUUUGGUUAUGCUUAACUCGUUAUAGUCUGAAUUUGUUUUGAAGGCGAUAAAUUUUGAUUAUUCUUCUCCUCAUUAUUAAUUAUUUUCACAGCCGUGUGGCACAAAUGUAUAGAGAGAAGUUGGCCACCCUAGCAGCGAGAGCACUACAGCAAUAUGGGACACAGGUAUUUUGACAUUUGUCAUUUACACGAACAUGUAUACUUCACUAUGAAUAAAUGCUAGACAGGGCUGUCACUAAUGGAUGGGGGCAAGGGAUUUCCACCAGCUACUAGACUCUGUAUAAGGAUGACCCCUGGCUACUUUCAUUUGAAAGAAAAGAAGAUAGAACGAGAAUAACUUCCUAGCUGUUCAAUUCCUCAUCCACUAAUUGCACAUCUUUCGUGACAUCGUUGGCUUGAAGGUUCAAGUGUACUUCUUGCUGACAACAACAACAACAAUAAUGUUUAUUUUCCUUUUUUAAUUUUCACAAAAGUGAACUGACCCGCAGGUUGCUAGAGCUUAUCUUGGCAGGCCAGUCAAUUUACAUGUAGGGAAUAAUUUUUAUUCUUUUAUGUACAUGUUUGUCUAUAAGUUGGUUUUCAAAUAUAAUUCUUUAAACAUUUCAGCUUCAUUUAGAUGGACAUCAUGGACCACAGUCUCCAAACUCUCCUGAUCACAAGGAGCAUGAUUUUUUCAAGGAAGUAGAAAGUCAGUCUUUUGCACAAACUGUCACCAUACCAACUAAUGGUACCAAUGGAAAGAAUGGGAAUGGCUCUGGUAAGUGUCAGUACAUAGUAUGUAUAGCGGUCAGGGGCGUAGCCAGCUUUUUGACUAUUUGUAGACCUGGCUGACUUUCAUUUCCGCAUAUCCUGAAAAUUGCAUGCAUGACUAGUCUGACCUCACCAACCUGACUUUGACCUCUUAAACUUUUUUGCUCACCCCAACAAUGCAUAAUCAAACCAAAAAUUUGUCAGCCCGGGCCUACAGGUCUAUGAGCUGGCUACGCCCCUGGCGGUAAAGUUGCCUGUUUAGCUAAAAUGUGAGAAUUAGAUUGAAUGAAUGAUUGCUUCAGCAAGGUGAAAGAAAAUAUUGUAUAAUUUUAUACAAGGUUCUUUUUUCAGCUCUCUUAUAGGGCAGGAAAAAACCCAGGUCUGAUUGCCCAGGGCAAGUAAAACUAGAAGUUUGGUAGCCCAGUAGGCAAGUGAAAUCAGCCUCAGGGGUCCUGUGAGUCUGUCUGUCAGCUUGGUAAAUGAUUCCUUUCAGACACAAACUAUUUUAAAACUAAAUGUAUUUCAAAACUAAAGACUGCAAGAUGAGUGACUCAAUUACAUGUGGCUGAAAGCAUGAAUCAAUUUAAAAUCACAGUGCAUGUUUGCUUGCUUGUGUUACUCCUCCAAUCAUGGUACUUGUCAAACCCGGUAGUUACUCUGAAUUUAGCACAUUAUUUAAAGUACAUGUACUAGUAAUUUUAUACACUUUGUCAAAUACUAUAACUUACAGCUGUUUUGUAGACAGUACCUGUGAACUAUAGAUGAUAUGUAAGGCAUUGUGUUCCCCUGGGGCAAGAAAUAUUUAAGUUUGGGCAAGUGAAAAAUGAAAUGUUCUUGCCCACUAAUUUUUUUCCUGCCCUGUUUCAAUCACAUUCACGUACUUACAGAUACUUGCUUACUCACUUAUGGGAGUAUAAACCUACACUGUUUUCAACAUUCUUUCAUAUUUCUUUCUCUACAGCUAACAAUCUUCACCUAAACAUGGAUGGCUUGAGUGUAUCUCCUCCAAAGAAUCAAGGUAUGUAUAUAUUUUUAAAUUCUAUUGUUUAAAACAUUCCCUCCCAGGGGGCAGCAUGGCCAAGUGCCCAGUAUUUUAGCCCUUAAGUUGUAAUAGUGACCAACAUCAAUUUUCUCGUACUGUGGUCCAUACAUCUUCAAGUAAAGAGGCUAUGAGAAUUAAUAAAACUUAGGAUCACUAAGGAAAAAUUGCGUUGUUCUUUUGUCAAAUUCUCUCAACUACAGCACAGUGAAACCCUGUUAAUACGGUCACCAGUGCGUCCAAAAAAAUUGGCCACACUAACAGGGUGGCUGUAUUACCAGAGUAGGGUCAAAUUUCAUGACUAAGGCCGGUAAUGACAAAUACACUGUACAUCACAUUCACAGUUCGUAUACAACUGUGUUCUCUUUAUUAAAAAACACAUAACGUAAUAAUUGUACAAACUACUUGAAAAUUGCCUUCAGUACAUAAAACACUUGUAAAAAUUGGCAUCUGGGCGCCACAAAUUGCA